CACACACACACACACACACAUACUGCCUCUCCUGUGCUCCAUUUCACGCACCUACAGUCUCACAUACAGGAACAGCAGACAGGACGCAAAACAAGGUGACUCCUGCAGAGGCCAUUAAAGCAGAGCCAGAUAAGUAAACAGUUUGGUGUCUAUUGACACAGCUUCAUCAGUGACCCCAGAGACAUCAUGUCAGGGGACGGUAGCCAGGGUGACAAAACACAGUGCAAUGGAGUCAAAAAUCACAGGUCAGCUCUUCCUGCUGCAAUGCUCUCACGAAAAAAUGUCAGUAUGUGGGGCGUUCUCAAAAAAUGCAUUGGGAUGGAACUGUCUAAAAUCACAAUGCCAGUGAUUUGUAACGAGCCUUUGAGUUUUCUUCAGAGAUUGACUGAAUACAUGGAGCAUACAUACCUCAUCCAGAAGGCCAGCACUUCACAAGACUCCAUCCACAGAAUGAAGUGUGUGGCAGCUUUUGCUGUGUCAGCUGUGGCCUCACAGUGGGAGAGAACAGGAAAACCCUUCAACCCACUGCUCGGAGAAACCUACGAGCUGCUCAGAGAGGAUCUGGGGUUCAGAUGGGUCUCUGAGCAGGUCAGUCAUCAUCCGCCGGUCAGUGCCUUUCACGUCGAGGGCAUAAAGAGCGACUUCAUGUUUCAUGGCUCCAUUUAUCCAAAAUUGAAAUUCUGGGGAAAGAGUGUGGAGGCCGAACCUCGUGGAAUCAUCACCUUAGAGCUUCCUCUCCACAAUGAAGCCUACACCUGGACCAACCCGACCUGCUGUGUUCAUAACAUUAUCAUGGGACAACUGUGGAUUGAGCAAUAUGGAAAUGUUGAAAUUAUUAAUCAUAAAACUGGGGAAAGAUGUUGUUUGACUUUCAAACCAUGUGGCAUCUUUGGAAAAGAGUUGCAUAAAGUGGAAGGAUACAUUCUUGAUAAAAGUAAAAAAAAGAUCUGUGCUCUGUAUGGCAAGUGGACGGAGUGCUUGUAUUCUGUGGAUCCAGCGACAUUUGAUGCUUACAGAAAAUCUGACACAAAGCGCUCUGAGAAGGACAGGAAGGGAAGCACACAGAGUAACAGUGCGGAUGAGGAUCCGGAUGAAAUGCCUCCUCCAGAAGCAGAGACAGUGCAGGUGAUUCCAGGAAGUGCACUGAUCUGGAGGAUAUCACCGCGACCAGACAACUCCGGAAAAUACUAUGCUUUCACAUCAUUCGCUCUGCAGUUGAAUGAGCUGAAUGCAGAGAUGGAGCGAGUCCUUCCACAGACAGACUGUCGUCUGAGGCCUGAUAUCAGAGCCCUGGAGAAUGGAGACAUAGAUGCAGCCAGUGCAGAGAAGAACAGACUGGAGGAAAAACAACGAACAGCUCGGAAAAAUCGCUCCAAAUCAGACGAGGAAUGGAAAAUAAGGUGGUUUCAUCAGGGGCCGAACCCUUACACCGGAGCCCCAGACUGGCUCUACACCGGCGGCUACUGGGACAGAAACAAACCACACCUACAUAAAAUAAACUCAAACCAAACCAUACAUCUGGAGGAACAGAGUGUCCUGCCCCUCAGCAAAUGA